UCCUUCCUUCCUUCCUUGUUUCCUUGAAGUAGUCUAAUUAUUGAACGAACGUCACUACAACUUUAGAGAACGUUCCCUUAUUUAAAUUGUCUCAUAAGGUCAUAAACUAACGUUUUCAUAUGAAUAAUGCCGUGAUUUCGCCGCAAAACAGAAUGCUGCAUUCAUGGCAAAUCAGAGGGGUGAUGACUCUUAAUGGUAAUCAUACAAACACUGCAUGUGUUUCAUUAUUUUUUUAGGUGGGUCCUAUCUAAAAGAUGGCGGUGCAGCGGUACUCUCUCCACUGGAUGUCCUGGGGGCCUCAUCUCCUUCAGCUGGAUGUCCUGGGGGCCUCAUCUCCUUCAGCUGGAUGUCCUGGGGGCCUCAUCUCCUUCAGCUGGAUGUCCUGGGGGCCUCAUCUCCUUCAGCUGGAUGUCCUGGGGGCCUCAUCUCCUUCAGCUGGAUGUCCUGGGGGCCUCAUCUCCUUCAGCUGGAUGUCCUGGGGUCCUCAAAUCUCCUUCAACUGGAUGUCCUGGGGUCCUCAAAUCUCCUUCAACUGGAUGUCCUGGGGGCCUCAAAUCUCCUUCAGCUGGAUAUCCUGGGGGCCUCAUCUCCUUCAGCUGGAUGUCCUGGGGGCAUCAUCUCCUUCAGCUGGAUAUCCUGGGGAAGCUGGGCUGUGUGAUGUGUUGCUCUGGUUGUGUCGUGCUCAUCACACUCUCCCCUAAAUCAAAGAGCGUCACCUCUCGUCUGGAGCUGGAGGAGAGGCUGGCUGGCUCAGGUGGGUGGGACCAGGACAUGUAUAUUACGUCUCAAAUGGCACCCUAUUCCCUAUAUAGUGCACGACUUUAGACCAGAACCCUAUUCCCUAUAUAGUGCACUACUUUAGACCAGAACCCUAUUCCCUAUAUAGUGCACUACUUUAGACCAGAACCCUAUUCCCUAUACAGUGCACUACUUUAGACCAGAACCCUAUUCUCUAUAUAGUGCACUACUUUAUAGUAGUAGGGAAUGAGAUUACAUUUAUGACACAUACAGUGACUGCUCCUGACUUAUAUGGUUAGAAAGGUACAUUUAACUAUAGUUUUCACAUUUUGAUUUGUGCAACAGUAUCAAAUAGUUAAUGUAAUUGCCCUCCACAAGAAUCCAUGAUGGUUGUUGGGGGAGGAUGAUGAGUAGCGUGCCGAGGUGAGUCCGUCUCUCCAUGCAGUGUUUGUAACCUAUGCCUCACUGUUUUAAAAAAUGUGGCAGCAAUUACUUAUAUAAAGGAA